GACAGAGAACUGUAGCCAUCAGCAAAAAUGAAAUAGCUGCAAAGCAAUGGUUUCAGCUUCCCCAGUGUGUCUCUCUGGAUUAAGAGCUGGAGUGGAGCUGGAAUCUUCCUCCGCUGUGGUGCUUCCCCGUUUAAGCCAGAAAGCGCUCGGUCCUUGCACAACCAGAUGUGAGCUCUGGGGCUUCACACUUGCUUGUGCUGGAGGUUGGAGGCUGUGCCACUGAAUGGUUCGAGGUUUCCACCAAAGACCCCCUAAAACUUCGCCAGUUUGCCCACCACAGUCUCAUCCUGAGCACCUUUGAGGAAAAAGGUGCUGAAACCCUAGUACUCCUGGAUCAGAAAACUCACUGCAAAAAAAAAAUACCCUACAGUGACAACUCGGUCUGCCUUGAAUUUUCCCCAGCCCUUGACCUGCCUCUCGGCGUGUUUAAUUUUCCUCCUGGCUUCACAGGAGCAGUUUGCUUCUCAGCUCUCUCCCCUGUUAAAAAAAAGAAAAUAACAAAGCAGAGGAGGUGGAAGAAAUAUGCAUUUAAAACAAAAAGAUGCACAGACGAUGAGAGUGUGUGUGUGAGAGAGAGAGAGGGGGGCAGUGAAGAGGGAAACUUGCCCGAGAUCUCGGUGUCUGCUGCUGUUUCAGAGAGACUGUGAGCGAUGUCAGAUGGAGGAGCCGGUGCCUGCAUUGGGAAAGAGGAGGCGAGCGUGGUGCUGCUGGAUGCUGAGCCCGAGGAUGAGCGUUGCAUCCGAGCCUUGAGAGAAGGGGAGGCGCCAGGUUCCGCCAGCAGCAGGCUGGGAGGGUCCCGCCGCAAGCCUGAGAGCGAGCGGCCCCGGGACAGGCGAGCGGCCGCGAUGUGCACCCCGAGCAGCGGCCCCGCUCUGCAGAGCGAGCCGGCGCAGCGCCCCCCGGCCGGGCGAACCUCAGGCGAGAGGCUGCGGCUGGAGGACGCCGCUUUCCCCGCCCCCCUGGGAGCUCUCUCCCUGCCCCCCGGCAUCAUCAUCAUGACCGGCCCCCUGCACUCGCCCGCGGCUCUGGCGGCUGUCACCGCCAGCCUGCCCGACUGCACUCUGCUCGCCCCCCCGGGUCCCGGUGCGGCUCCGGGGCCAGCGCCGGCCAAGAGGAAGAGGAAACGGUGCGGGCUCUGCUCGCCCUGCAGGAGGCUCAUCAACUGCGGAGAGUGCAGCAGCUGCCGGAACCGCAAAACCGGGCACCAGAUCUGCAAGCUGCGGAAAUGCGAGGAACUGAAGAAAAAACCAGGCUCUUCACCAGAGAGGGUAAUCGUCCCCGGUGGAGGGGAAGCUUUCAGGUGGUUCUUCUGAGAGAAACCGAGGAACUCCUCACAGUCUCAUGAAACACGAUUUGCCUCACGAGUGGAGAACCAGUUCUACAUGUGUUCCCGAUACAAGGCACAAGUUUUAUGCCAAUGGUUCCUAUUUGUUAUUAUAGUGGACAUGGUAGUUUUUAAGCAUCUUUGGUUUUAUGUGAAAACUACGUGCUGGUAUUAUUAGGGAUGAAUUGUACAAAAAUGCAACUUGUAUUGUGCGAUGGAGAGAACUGGACAAUCAUUAUAAUAUGUUACACAUUUGUGGCCAGUGUUCAUUUAAAAAAAAAACUUGUCUUAAAAGAUGGGGAUUUAGCAAUGACCUGCAGUGCAGUUGUGUCGAUGAUGAGCAUGAUUUGUAAGCUUGUGAAGGAUAUAACUAUUUUGCUGUGUGUCAAUUCUUUUACUCCUGGGUUUCAACAAUGUUUGGAUUUUCUUUGCAUAUUCCCAGUUGUUGCUCGUCCAACCUAUUAUCAGCUUCUUCUUCAUACUAACUGGUUGAAGAAGCUAACAAGGGUAUUAUAAUGCUAUUUGGAUUUCAAAGGUUGUGGACCUUUUGCAUAAUACAUGAACAGUAAAGACCACUCUGUUUAGUAUAGAAAGAUCCACGGUCGGGUUAAUAGAGGAAGCUACUGUUUGUAAAGAAAUCCCCUGAUCUCAAAGCCUACAUUUGACAGAUUCUUUUUCACUUUCUUUUGUUUAAGAAAUUAUAUUUUGGUGAUCUUAAAGGGCAAUUGGGCUUUUUAGAAUCUGCCAUUGUAAGCUCUUUGAUGCAAUCAGGAACUAGUAACUGAUUUCUGAGGCACUUAGGUGCGGAUGUCAGCAAAAGCUUUUCCUUCUGCUUGGAAGAAAAUGUGUGUCACCAGUUACUAGGGCCACUUCCAACAUGCAAAUGAUAGCACCAUAAGUAAGAUGGAAUACUCCUCUCUUUAUGAUGAGAGCACUGUUAUUGUUGUUUAAUCUCUCAGUUCCAUGUAAAGAGGGAUAUGGGGGAAUCCAGUGGGUUACUGUCUUCACUCUUCUGCUCUGAAAUCCAGGAUUCUGAUCCAUCUUCAAAGACCAGAGCAGAUCCUUUCUCCCACAUUGUCAACAACAAAAUUCAAUAUGCAAUAUGUUUGAACAGUCUCAACAUGCUCACUUCCCAUGUAAGAGAAGCAUUACCCAUGAAUAGAGACUUAGAAGGAAUGUCACAUAAAGAAACCAUUGGGGAGGUUGGUGGAAGGAAGAACAAUUUUUAGCCAAUUUAUUUGGGGUGGUUCAAUGGUUAGCACUGCUGCCUCACAGCAGUAGGGUCCCAGAUUCGAUUCCAUCCUCAGGUGACC